AUGGUGGUCAUGCCUAAUCUCCACUUCUACAGAGAUCCUAAAGAGAUUGCAAAGGAAGAGCAGGCUGCUGUAGAAAAAGCUGUGACCAUGGAAGAAUUUCAGGGUGAAUGGACUGCUCCAAUUCCUGAGUUUACUGUUAAUAAAUUCAAAGUUGUGGACUGGGCUGAAGGCACACAGGUGGCAUCUGUACCUAUAAAACAGUUCCCUACUGAAGACUGGAGCUAUCUGCCAUCAUUGAAGACUGGUGAGCAGCCCCCACUGCUCAGGCCACUGAAUGGGUAGGGAUAACCACUGAGUGGUCUUAAACUGUUCUUCCACAAACUCUUAACAGAAUAGAAAUAAAGUUGAGAAGAAAUAAAUAGUUU